UAUGAGCUUCGCGGAGUAUGUGUCGUUGAUAGUGAAACAAUUACAACACUUACAACACAGCUCACAGCACAGCGUAACACAGGUGACCUACGACACAAAAAGCAGGCGCCAAUCAUGGAAGAACAAGGCACCCUAGCACCAGCAAUCUUCGUCAUGGGGAUGGGAUUCCUCAUCCAUACAAUUGCUAUGGCGACCCCAUACUGGGUGCAAAUGGGAAUGGCCAACGCUGGACUGUGGGCAUCAUGCGUGCUGGAGACAUGUGUAGCAUACGUCGAGAAACCAGACUGGAUGAUGGCGUGUGAGGCCUUCUCUGUUGUUGGUACCAUCUUCGGCGCUGGAGCUCUGGCCUUCACCACCGUCAACUUCUGCAACGAUUGUUUCCGUCGUCCGCAGAACGCCAGACUUGCCGGCUUUCUUCUGGGCAGCAGCAUCUUAGCGUUCGCCUGUAUCAUGACGUGUAUCGGUAUCUUCGCUGGAUACGCCAACUACGGAUCUUCCUUGAGUUUCUCUUUCUACAUGUCGUCAUGUGGUGGAGUGUUGAUGGUUAUGGGAGGCAUCAUGGGAUACGUCAUCGUUAGGCGGUGUGGAUAUUAAACUAAUUAAUUAACAAUUCUUAAAAUACCCGGCAAGUUGUGUAUUAUUGUAUGCAAAAUUAAAUAUCUACA